GUGCUACUUGGGGGCAGAACAGACGCUGAUUGUACGGUGAGACGCCCACUCCGAGUCCACCCAGCCAGCCCGGCAGAGCGCUGCAUGAAGCCCUGACUAGUUGAAUGCUGGUGGAAUGGAAGCGCGCUACGCAUGUUGUUGUGACAUCUGAACUCCUGUCACACGUUGGAGGUCUCGGAAAGACCGAGUGUUGGAUAGGUAUUGGACAUAUGAUACUUUGCCUGAAUCUGUAACUAGAACCUGCCUCGUACUGCAGGUGUCUCCUCGUCGACCAUGGAAAGGCAGGCGGUGAAGAAGGCCCGGGAGGCCUUCCUCAGCGGCCGGACCAGGGCGCUGGAGUUCAGGCUGCAGCAGCUCACAGCCCUCCAGAAGAUGAUCGCAGAGAGACAGACCGAGAUCGCUACAGCGUUAAAACAAGACAUCAACCGGAGCCAGUACGACACGCCGCUGUUGGAGCUCAUCGGCCUGGAGAACGACAUCAGCCUGGCCAUCGCCAAGCUGGCAGAGUGGGCAGCCCCCCGGCCUGUAGAGAGGAACCUGCUCACCAUCAGAGAUGAGGUGUACAUCCAGCCAGAGCCCCUGGGAGUUGUGCUGAUCAUAGGGGCCUGGAACUACCCCUGGGCCCUCACCCUGUCGCCCCUGGUAGGGGCCAUAGCUGCUGGCAAUGCAGCUGUGGUGAAGCCCUCAGAGCUCAGUGAGUGCUCUUCACUGCUCCUCCGGGCUCUGCUUCCACGUUAUCUGGACCAGGACCUGUAUCCAGUGGUGACCGGCGGCGUGUCGGAGACUCAGGAGCUCCUGAAGCAGCGCUUUGACCACGUCUUCUACACCGGGAGCGGCUCGGUGGGCCGUCUGGUGAUGGAGGCGGCGUCCCGCCACCUCACCCCCGUCACCCUGGAGCUGGGAGGGAAGAGCCCCUGCUACAUCGACAAGGACUGUGACCUCAGAGUCGCCUGCCGGCGUAUUACAUGGGGCAAGUUCACCAACUGUGGUCAGACCUGCAUCGCCCCGGACUACAUCCUAUGUGAAGCCAGCAUUCAGGGCAAAGUGGUGGAUGGCAUUCGACAGACCCUGCUGGAGUUCUAUGGUGCAGAUCCAAAGUGUUCGGCGGACUAUGGGCGAAUCAUCAACCCGAGGCAUUUCAACCGAGUGAUGAAUCUCAUGGAGGGCUACACGGCAGUGCUCGGGGGGCAGAGCGAUGCCUCCCAGCGCUACAUUGCUCCUACGGUGCUGAAAGACGUGCCCCCCCACUCCCGGAUGAUGCAGGAGGAGAUCUUUGGUCCGGUGCUCCCCAUAGUGACGGUGAGCGACAUGGACGAGGCCAUCCGCUUCGUCAACGAGCGGGAGAAGCCGCUGGCACUCUACAUCUUCUGUUCAGACAAGUUGGCAGUAAAGAAAAUGAUAGAAGAGACCACCAGCGGAGGGGUCACGGUCAACGACGUCAUGAUGCACUAUACGCUCAGCUCUCUCCCCUUCGGCGGCGUUGGUCAGAGCGGCAUGGGCUCUUACCACGGCAAGCACACCUUCGACCGGUUGAGUCACAUGCGGGCGUGCCUGGUGCGCUCCCUGGGCAUGGAGAGCUUCAACCUGGCCCGCUAUCCUCCCCAGGACCGGCAGAGGGCCCGCCGGGUCCGGAUGGCCCUGCGCUCUCCCAUGAUUGACUUCUCUAAGAGGACCUUCGUCUGGGCCGUCGCGGCCAGCGUGGUGGCGUUCGGCCUCUUCGUCACCCUCCUGGUCAUCCUCCUCAUCGCGUCCGGCCUCAACUGUACCUGCUGGUAUUGGCAGGGCUUUUAUAAUUAGGAACCUACCUCGGCCCUCUUUCCCCCUAUUUUCGACAUAUUCUCAAAAUAAAUAAAUUCAAAGUUGAACUGUGUUUUUAUCCAACUGAGUCGAUUCUAAGAUCGAUGGUGGACAAAGUAUCGGGAUGUUGGAAUGUAAAAUUGAGUGUAAUAGCUGCACAUGCUAUGGAAGGACCUUUUUGUGCCUACAUUUGUCGAUAAGAAGUUGUUCAUGUUUUGACACAUCUUCAGGGACCUCUACAAGUUAUUUGGUAAGAACAAUAAAAUCCCUGAAUAUCCCAUUUCAGGGAUUCCUUUGGGCAAGGACCAAAUAUGGGUCUUGUCUACUCUCCACUCUCCAUUAUUUGAAACACAGGCCGAAGUCUUUAUCAAUAUAUGAGCAACUCCGAUCAAUUUAGAAAGUUCACUGACGGACUUGCCUUGCAUAUAUUUUUAUGUUGGUAAUAAUGAAUUAAAAUGUAAACAACUCCUAGUUUUGCUUUUUUAUCAAUAAAGAGAUCUAUUUACACAAUA